UAGCUGGGGCUUCUCACUUGAUGCUUAAGGAAGAGUUAUAUGAUAAUGCUCCAACUGAACAACAUGGUGGCCAGUCUCCAGCUGUAGGCUCUAAGUUGAAGUUGAUUGGCAAAAAACAAAUGGCUAUUGAGGGGUUUAAAGCACAGAGUGAAAUGGUCAUUGAGAGCCUUGAUCAACUGAUCACUGCUUGGGAAGACCGGAAAGAAUCUGUUAUUAUUGAGGGUGUUCACUUAAGUCUCAAUUUCAUGAUGGGACUAAUGAAGAAGCAUCCUUCGAUAAUACCAUUCAUGAUCUAUAUAGCAAAUGAGGACAAACACAUGGAGAGGUUUGCUAUACGUUCAAAAUACAUGACAUUGGACCCUGAAAAGAACAAAUAUGUCAAGUAUUUUCAGAAUAUCAGAAUAAUCCAGGAGUAUCUGUGCAAUUGGGCUGAUAAACAUGGAGUGCCCAAAAUAAAUAAUACAAAUGUUGACCAGAGUGUGGCGACAAUUCAUGCCACUGUCUUCAGCUGCCUACGGAGGCGUGAGGCCGGAGAGCAGCUAUAUGAUCUUACGACAAACACAGUGCCUAUGAUAGAUGAAGAGUAUCGAAACCAGUGUGCUGCUAACUCACUGGGUUCCAAAGGAAUGUUUCAAUUGAUCCAGAGGAAAGGGUCCUCAAGACAUCUGAUGGCUCUUAUCAAUAAAGAUGGUUCUGUUGCUAAGUCUUGGAUUGUCAAUGGAGGAAAACUCUUCUCUGACCAGGACAGUGAGAAGUGUGUAGAAGGUCCUGUAUAUGGUCUCUUACAGAUAGGGAAGUCAGAGCCAGUUAAUCUUCAAUUUGGUAAUUUUGGGAUCAGUGGUUGGCCUAAUGAUAUUGGGAGCACCAGUCAGACUGCAAGCAUUAGUGACUCUGGGGCUGAUGGUACUGACACUGGUAGCAGAUAUUUUUCCUCCUGUUGCGGCUCUCCAAGGUCAUCAGGACCUGCCAAAGAGCUCAAGGAGGAAUCAUCAGCGUCUGUUAGUGAAGAAGCUGACGAUCCACCUGAUGUGGAUAGCAGUGAGGAUGAAAGUGAUAUUGAUGACAAGGAGAUCCCUGAAGAGAUGGCAGGCUCUGUUGAUGAGGAUUUGACCAAGUCUGAUGAGGAGUUUGACGACUUGGCCAUGCGAGAUGUGCAAGAAAACGGUUACUGGUCCGAUGAUGAGGAGGAACCAGAUUGUGUAAACAAACCAACUGCUGAGAACAAACUGACUGAAACUUGUUCAGAAAUGAUUGCUGGAGAUGAUCUGGUGAAGUCUUAA